AUGGCAUCGCCUCUGCCCUGGCUCUACGUGAUCUUAUGGGUAGGACACGCCCUAGGGGCACUUGGGGAUGAAGGAAACGCCUACUCAGAGAAUAUCAGUCGGAUCCUGGACAACUUGCUUGAAGGCUACGACAAUCGGCUGCGGCCGGGAUUCGGAGGUGCUGUCACUGAAGUCAAAACAGACAUUUACGUGACCAGUUUUGGGCCCGUGUCAGAUGUGGAGAUGGAGUAUACCAUGGAUGUUUUCUUCCGCCAGACUUGGACUGAUGAGAGGCUGAAGUUUGGGGGGCCAACUGAGAUUCUGAGUUUGAAUAACCUGAUGGUCAGUAAAAUCUGGACACCUGACACUUUUUUCAGGAAUGGCAAAAGAUCAAUUGCUCACAAUAUGACAACUCCUAAUAAACUCUUCAGAAUAAUGCAGAACGGAACCAUUCUAUAUACCAUGAGGCUUACCAUCAAUGCCGACUGUCCGAUGAGGCUGGUUAACUUUCCUAUGGAUGGGCACGCUUGCCCACUCAAGUUUGGAAGUUAUGCCUACCCCAAAAGUGAAAUCAUAUAUACAUGGAAAAAAGGACCACUUUACUCAGUCGAAGUUCCAGAAGAAUCUUCAAGCCUCCUCCAGUAUGAUCUGAUUGGACAAACAGUAUCUAGUGAGACGAUUAAAUCUAAUACAGGUGAAUACGUAAUAAUGACAGUCUAUUUCCACUUGCAACGGAAGAUGGGCUACUUCAUGAUACAGAUAUACACACCCUGCAUCAUGACCGUCAUUCUUUCCCAGGUGUCCUUCUGGAUCAAUAAGGAGUCCGUCCCCGCCAGGACCGUCUUUGGGAUCACCACGGUGCUGACCAUGACCACGCUGAGCAUCAGCGCCCGCCACUCGCUGCCCAAGGUGUCCUACGCGACCGCCAUGGACUGGUUCAUCGCCGUGUGCUUUGCCUUCGUCUUCUCGGCUCUCAUCGAGUUCGCAGCUGUCAACUACUUCACCAACCUCCAGACGCAGAAGGCCAAAAGGAAGGCGCCGGGGGCAGCCUCGCCCGCCGCGGGGACACCCAAGGCCACUGAGCCCGUGGAAGCUGAGAUUGUCUUGCAUCCUGACUCCAAGUACUACCUGAAGAGAAGAGUCACCUCCCUGACCUUGCCGAUAGUCCCGUGCCCUGAAGCCGGCAGAGUCCUCACUAGAGCUCCCAUCCUACAGUCAGCGCCCGCCACGCCCCCACCCCUCCCUCCGGCCUUUGGGGGCACCAGUAAAAUCGACCAGUACUCUCGGAUUCUCUUUCCCGUCGCUUUUGCAGGCUUCAAUCUUGUAUACUGGAUUGUUUAUCUCUCCAAAGACCCAAUGGAAGUGAGCAGCAGUGUUGCAUAG